AUGCAGGGUCAAGUGCAAACUCAAGGCCUCAAGGAUCUCCCGACGCUCGCCUCGGGACAGCGCCUGCCGUGCUCCAACUGUAACGAGCACGGUCUUAACUACGUCGACGAGUUUGCCGAGGAAAAAGUCGUCGAGCUCAGACGGGGGCGCCGCCUCCAGAAAGUGGAGGCUGUGUACGGCAAGGUGUCCAAGGAAGAUGCGGACCUGCACACCGUCCCGCCCCAGAGACCCAUCCUGGAACCUACGGAGCGGUUCAACGGCACGUCGGACUGCCUCUUGUUUCCUGGCCAACUCAUUGUGCUUGUGCUCGUCGUCUGGGCUGCAAGCUACGGCCCUGAAGCAAUUCAGUAG